CGCAGAAUGCCUGCUUUCCCUAGUGCUCGGCUGCCAUUGUCUAAUUUUCUCAUCCUGGCUGGGGAAAGGGAAGGCUGCAAGCCCUUCCGUUCGGAAGAACUCCAGUUGAAUGCAGCUUAGCUGCUGCUGGUGUUUCUUGGCUAGCUGCUGUGGUCUCAGGGAUCUGCCUAUGAGUCCGUGGUUUCUCUGAGCUGCCUGAGAGUCUGUGAGUCUUUGGGAUCCGCCUACGGAUCUCGGGGCUCUGCAGCCAAGUCUACGGAUUUGAAAUCUACCUGCGGGGCUGAGAUAUCCGGGAUCUGCCAGUGAUCUCCAGAAUCCUUCCAAACACCCGAAGUCUCAGAGAACUCUGCCUGCGGAUUUGGAAUCUGUUUGAGGCCUCUCAGAUCUUGGAGCCGACGAUCUAGUGGAUCUUUUGCGGGUCAGGAGGCACCUGUGACAUUUGAAGAUAUGGCCAUGUACCUCACUCGGGAAGAAUGGAGACCUCUGGACCCUACACAACGAGACCUUUACAGGGAUGUUAUGCAGGAGAAUUAUGGAAACGUCGUCUCAUUAGAUUUUGAGAUCAGGAGUGAGAACGAGGUGAAUCCAAAGCAAGAGAUUAGUGAAGAUGUAGAAUUUGGGACUGCCUCUGAAAGACCUGUCGGGAAUACUGAGGAAAAUCCUGAAAAUGAAGAGGCCUUUGAAAGCGGGGAUAGACCAGAAAGACAGUGGGGAGAUUUAACAGCAGAAGAAUGGGUAAGCUAUCCUCUUCAACAAGUCACUGAUCUGCUUGUUCACAAGGAAGUCCACACAGGCAUCCGAUAUCAUAUAUGCUCUCAUUGUGGAAAGGCCUUCAGUCAGAUCUCAGACCUUAAUCGACAUCAGAAAACCCACACUGGAGACAGACCCUAUAAGUGUUAUGAAUGUGGAAAGGGCUUCAGUCGAAGCUCACAUCUUAUUCAGCAUCAAAGAACACACACUGGGGAAAGGCCCUAUGACUGUAAUGAGUGUGGGAAAAGUUUUGGAAGAAGCUCUCACCUCAUUCAGCACCAGACAAUCCACACUGGAGAAAAGCCCCACAAAUGUAACGAGUGUGGGAAAAGUUUCUGCCGGCUGUCUCACCUAAUCCAGCACCAAAGGACACACAGUGGGGAAAAGCCCUAUGAGUGUGAGGAGUGUGGGAAAAGCUUCAGCCGGAGCUCUCACCUAGCUCAGCACCAGAGGACCCAUACAGGUGAGAAGCCUUACGAGUGUAAUGAAUGUGGACGAGGCUUCAGUGAGAGAUCUGAUCUCAUCAAACACUAUCGAGUCCAUACGGGGGAGAGGCCCUACAAGUGUGAUGAGUGUGGGAAGAAUUUCAGUCAGAACUCUGACCUAGUGCGCCAUCGCAGAGCCCACACAGGAGAAAAGCCGUACCACUGUAAUGAAUGUGGGGAGAAUUUCAGCCGUAUCUCGCACUUGGUUCAACACCAGAGAACCCACACUGGGGAAAAGCCAUACGAAUGUAAUGCUUGUGGGAAAAGCUUCAGCCGGAGCUCUCAUCUCAUCACACACCAGAAAAUUCACACUGGAGAGAAGCCCUAUGAGUGCAACGAGUGUUGGCGAAGCUUUGGUGAAAGGUCAGAUCUAAUUAAACACCAGAGAACCCACACUGGAGAGAAGCCCUAUGAGUGUGUACAGUGUGGAAAAGGUUUUACUCAGAGCUCCAACCUCAUCACACAUCAAAGAGUUCAUACGGGAGAGAAGCCGUAUGAAUGUACCGAAUGUGAGAAGAGUUUCAGCCGGAGCUCAGCUCUAAUUAAACAUAAGAGAGUUCAUACUGACUAAGUCCUAUAAUUAACAAGAAAUGAUUCAUUUGAAAGUACAGUUUUAUUUGAUAUCCAAGAGCUCUCUCAAGACUGAGCUUCUUUUACCAUACUGAAUUUCCAUGUGGGCCACAGGUUAAAACAUCAAAGAAGAUAAGCCAUUUGCAAUUCUGACCCACAACUCUGGGAAAUGUUAUCUCUUCCUCCAAAGUAAUGAUUUUUAUUCAUUCGAUAUUAAUGAAGUACUUCAUCAAAAUCAACCCCACAAAUAACUGGGAAUCAGAAGACCAGGGGAUAAAUGCUGGUAAAUACUCGGGCCUGGAAAUGGAGUAAAACUUUCAAAGUUAUUUCUCUCAUCCUUGGCCCAAAGAACUAUGCUAGGGGAAAUGUUGGACUGUAAUAGGGUGGUCACAGCUGCUUUAGAAAAAGACAACCAGAGACUGCCCAAAUUGCCACACCUAUUCACUCUCUGUAGUAGUUGGGCACACACAUCUUCCCCUUCAAAAGGCUUUUUCCUUGAGUUGCUCAUGCAUUUGUCUCUUUCCAUCUUCCUGAGAGCAGGAUUCUGCACGAUGAAGGCAAUGAUCAAAACUUUUCUCACUGUUUCUAAUUUAACUUUAUUAAAGCUUGCAUCUUUGGAGAAGCUAACUGAAGAUACAGAUUGAAAGGAAAAAUGAGACACAGGUUUGGGGACCAAGGAACUCAUCAGUGGUGGUGACUUUAGCAAAAGAGAUGCCCACUGUUGUUCUCGCCAUUAAUCAGAAUGUAUUCAUUUUCUUUGGGAAUCACCGUAGGGAACAUUGUAGGGAAAAUAUCUUCAAGGAAAGCUAGGACCAUGCUGAUGGUGGAGUGUAAGGAGCAAGUGGAAUUGACCACUUCAGGGAAGGAAACACAGAAUUCCUCCCCAAGGAAUACCACCAGUCCUUUCUGUGUUCUUCCCCCUCUGCCCUUUAGAUCAAUUCUCCUUAUACUGCUAACUCUAGAAUUUGAUAAGGGCCACAUCCCAGUGUUCAUCUUGGCUUGCAUAAGGGCAUGUGUAAUGUACAGUAAAACAUGUAUUCUUGUAAUUUUUCCAGUAGCGGAAACUGUAUUCACACAGAAUUAGCAUGUUCUUGGGUGAUGUUGAUCAUGACAGAGCUACAGACAACUUCAGUGUGAGAAAUGUCCUUUUGUUUUCAUUUUUUCUAAGGAAAAAACUUAAACACUAGUGCUCUAGUGUGCACUCUCCUGUAAGAUCUGUCUUUGUACAGAACUAAGCACUUGUUUCUGUGUAUCAGCCAAUUGGGGGAGACAAUGACCGGAUAGAGAGAUUGAUUGUCCUGUUCUCAGACUGAAUUAUCUUCUCUUUGGCCUACUCAAAAGGAAUUAAUAAACCUAGAUAGGAAUGUAUCUCCAUCCUCUCAGUCUACAGAAACAUGUAGUUAAAAUGAGAGUUGACCCAAUUUAAACCUGUUAGUGUCAGAUCCUCUCAUCCCAGCCCACCAUAGGAAUUAAGAAAUACCCCAGAUGUUGAUGCUUACCCAGGCUUUUGGGGGUGGCAGUGUGAGGGGACUAGAGUAAGGAAUAUAUAUUUUUGAGAGUGCCCCCAAGUUCUUCCUACUGUGCUUUAUCGUGAGUGUUGUAACAUUUGAAAAAUACUUCUGCCGUAGCUCUUUGGGACUUGGUGUGUUAAGGGAGCCAGUGGUCUCUCGGGGAGUCUACUAAAAUGAGUCAUUAGGACCCACAGCUGUGUGGGCCUGCUUCCUUUGCAGUGAGUGACACAGCCUUGAAAGUAACAACACCACUCCCUGAAGGAGGUUUCUUUAUUAUGUUGCCUCUCCUAUUGAAAUACAAACUGGGGCAGGGAGCAUGUUUUGUGUUCUAUACAAAAAUCUAGCCGAUGGUGGGUAUUCAUAUUUUAAUUGUUGAAUGACUUACAUGUUCUAGAUGACUCAACUCGAGUGUGUCUUUUCCCGUGUCAGUGUUGCUAAUGGUUUUAAUGACUAGCAAAGUUCUCCUGUUGUUUCUGUGAGCCACAGUGGGCGUCAGCUUUGGAGUGGCCCCAGAAGACAGCAUUCUCAUGACCCAAGUAUAUAUCACUCCCGUUUUCUUCCCCACUCUUCUGCCUCGCCCCAAGCUGUUCCUGCUGCUGUUUUUGGCUUCUUAGAGGUGAGUGGCUCACGAAGAGGCUUCUAAGUGCCCCAGCCUUCUCUCCAUAUGCCUACACUCCAGCUGGGAAGUUAAAAGGGCAAGGGCCAGACCUCCUGUUUCCUCUCUUUUUUCCCAACUGCUGCCCAUUUGCCGUGUUGAACUUUGUGUAGAACUUAUGCAUCAGACUCUCCUUGCUAAUGCUUUUUGCAUGUCUUCUGCUCCCCAGUCUCUGGCUGCUUCUGCACAUACCCUGAACACUUUGUGCCUGUUUUCUAUGGUUGUGGAGAGUGAGUGAAUAAGUAAGUGUGUAGAGCAGUUUUUCGUAGGGUAUUGGUCGCAGUUAUGCUAGUGUCUACAUCUGUAUUCUAACAAUAUUCUAUAAUUAAAAGUAUAAUUUUU